UUGUGUCUUUGUCUGGACCAAGUGUGUCCUUAAUAAAGUUUUGAUUGAUUGAUUGAUUGAUUGAAUGUACUGCAUAUAUACCGUUUGGUGAAACUAUCAUUUAUCAACCCAUUUAUUGGUUAAUAAAAGCCACCAAAAGGCUAUUAUGUGAAGUGUAGCAGUUCAAGAACAUGCAAAUGACUUUUUUUUUAUAAUUCUUUUUUUAUAAGCCUCUUUUUUUUUUUUUUACAUUUGAGCCCUGCCCCCAGGAACUCUCUGCACGGCUCUGCACUGUAAAGCUGCAUUGAAACAAUCUGUAUUGUAUAAAGCAAGUAAUGACUUGACUUGAAUUUUUGAUUUCAUCAAGCGAAUUACAUUUAGAAGACAUACAGGGUGCUUGUUUGAAAUGUAAUAAUAUACAAUAAUAUGCUCUGUUUUAAAAGAUUUUCUAUAGACAUAAGUGUGGGAACAGACAGUAUGUGUAACAUAGUUUUAUAUGCAAGGCUGAACUACCUAAGAACUGAUAAACAAGUACAUGUUGCAACUAGCAACUGUAAGUAUGUCAACACUUAAGCAGGCAGAGAGGAAGAUAUAUAUAUAGUUGUGAUUUCUGUGUUUGUGGCCACUUCUUCUCUUCUCAUGGGCCACUUCUCAUCUGACUCUUGACUAGAAAGUGACAUUAAUAAAAGUCUCUUCAUCUCCAUCCCGGACUCCCUGUCUCUUCAUUCCUGAUUCAACAUAAGAAUGAUCUUGUUCAUUUUUUUAUUUUAUCCUUUUCUAAGCGAUGCGAGGCAAGAGAAACACUUCCUGCAUUACACGUUUACGGUCAUGACAAAAGAAGAUCCAUUUCCUGUGUUCAGUGCUGUGGUUGUGUCUGAUGACAUACAGAUCAAACACUACAGUAAUGAAGAAAGACUCUGGAUAAGAUCGAGUUUGCCUAUAGAUAAAUGGAUCAAUGCUCCUCCAGAACCACCUGAAAGUAGAGACUGGUUCCUACAUCAGUUAAACACUCUGUCAAACCGCACAGACUCACAGUGUUCUGAGCUCCAUGUUCUUCAGAGAAUAAUUGGUUGUGAGCUGGAGAAACGUCCUGAUGGAUCAGUGAAUCUGAGAGCAUUUGAUGAAUAUGGAUUUGAUGGAGAGGAAUUUAUUGCCUUUAAUUCUGACACUCUGCAGUGGAUUGAUAAAAACCCCAAAGCCAAAGAAACCAAAAUUAAAUGGAAUCGUCAAACAGAACGAAACCAAUUAAUAAAGAAAUAUCUCAAGACCUGCACUGACUGGAUCUCCACCUUUCACAGCUGUAAAAUGAGUUCACCAAACAUUCGUGUCUUUGCGAAGGACGCUCCUGAUGAUCAACACAAGCAGGUUCUAACCUGUGUGGCCACUGGUUUCUACCCCAGAGAUAUUGAGAUGAACAUCAGAUUGAAUCAAACUAUUCUUAAGGAUCAAAUAUAUACUGAAAUCAGACCAAAUGAUGAUGGAACCUUUCAGAUGAGAACCAGUGUGGAGACUGACAGAAACCACAAAGGAUAUUAUGACUGUCUGGUCAAUCACAGCAGCCUGACAAAACCAGUUUUAGCAAAAUGGGCAGAUGGGGCAUAUUUUGACACUGAAACAGAAUCUCAGUGGCCUGUUAUAGUAGGAGUAGCAGCCGUUGUGGUUGCAGGUCUAGGGUUAUUGUGUUGGUUUUGUUUAAAAUUCCAAAAGGUGAGUUCUAAUUCAACAUCCUUGUUUAAAAGAAAUUUUAAAAUGUAUGAAACAGGGAUGGACAGAGUGAUAGUACUAUAUGAAAGUAGAAAUAUCUGUUUUUCUCUAAAAUAUCUGAAAUUUUAAUAUGCUUUAUCUUCUGUUUUUCUAGGCUUUAAUUCAUAAUGCUGUAGCAUCAUUGUCUUCAGUCCCUAAUUCUGACACUGAACAAGCUGCGAAUAGUCUGUUCAACUAUGAGAGCGGAGUCACACUACUGACUGGGAUAUGAAAGUCUCAGACGUUACGUCCGUUGGCUAAACGUUGGUCUCAGACGUUCAGGUUACAAGCCCAACUCCCUAACCAUUAGGCCACUACUACCCCAAUUCUACAUUUGCCAUUUCCUACACUAGUUUUAAUAUGUAAAGUAAAUACAUUUUUAAUGCUUUAUAGGAUUCAAAAUUAAAAUAUCCCAGCAGAAACUGUUGCAAAAGUAUCAUUUAAAUUCUAUUUUUCCUGAAUGCACUUAGACUUGAUUGCACUUUCAUCAUAAUACCGCAUGAUAAUUGUUGCAAAAAGCAGUGUGAAUUUCAAAAUGCAUUCUGAGCCAAAGAUGUAGACUUGAAAUAUUUCAAAGGAUCAAGGAUGUGGACGUUGGGAAUUGUGUAAUGGUGUGUUAUGACAGGUAUAAAUGGCAGUGUAACAGCCUCUCCAUCUGUCUGUAAAUGUGUGAACAAAAUAGGACAGUUUUCAUUAGGAAGUUCCAGCAGGAAGGAAAUAAUGUGGAAAAUGAAUGGUGAAAGUUCCGUCAAUGGAAUUUGCGUCUAAUUGCUCUUGGGAAACGCAGCUCUGGUCUGAUAUUUACGGUGACGAUAGGCUACAUUCUACAAUAAAUCAAUCAGAUCUUCUGUUUAACUUUUUAGCAAAUAGUUUUUUGUUUGUUUGUUUUUCCGGACGUAAAUUUUAGAUGUUGUCAUUGAGGAAUUGAGGUUUAGAAUUGUAUUUAUACCGAUGGAAUACACGGCUGGAAAACGAAAGUGUAAUGUCAUGAAGCAGCCAGUGAGGGACAUCAAUGCGAUGAAUAACACUUCAAGAGAAGAAAUAAACUUCCACUCUAAUGCAGAUCUGUUCAGAGCGCGCGUCUGACAUAAAAAGGACAAGAAUACUUGAUGCGCAGUCGUUUAAAAAGUUUUCUGUGUAGACAAGAAUGUCUUGGCUAAUUGUAUUAUUUAUUUUUCUUUUCAUUUCUCCUCAAAGCAAUGCGAAACAAG